GCCUUGUCCAUCUUGUUAAGGAGAGUAAUGGAAAGCGGGGAUGACUAUUACGCCUGGGCCUUCUUUCCCACAGACUACGGACAGGCCGCAGAUGGUUGCGGUCCCGCGCUCCUCGUAGAUACCACACGAACGUGGCCAGUUGAAGGCCAUGAGGACGACAUGGACAAUCCUCCUUGGCCUCAUGGGACGUUUAAGAUGCUGCUGCUUUCUGGAACACAGGAUGGUCCAGCCACACGCACAUGCAGAUAUUUCAACGAUGGCAAUGGUGCUGGGAUCCUGAAAUGCGAGGGUCGGGAGGAAGAUAUACGCUGCUUUGGAGAGUCGUUGAAGGACGCAGGCUCGUCGGGAACGACGACGUGCUACUACAAAAGUGGCGCGCCAAACUAUAGGCUUUAUAACGAAGGGUUAUGGUGCCAUCCUGUUGCCCACUGCGAGUGGUAACGCCUAGGGGGGAGGCAUAGCUUGCUUGUAUGGGUUAGGUGGAGACGUGCGAG